AUGGCGGUACCGGGCGGAAAGUUCUUUAUCCAAGAGAAGCUGAAGACUCCGGCGAAGCAUCACGAGUCUUAUGAACAGCUUUGGGAGACGAAAUGGAAGAAGCCUGCAGAGAUGGGCGUCUACCCCUUCAUGUUCGGCACAGCCUCAGACUUCGAGCCGAUAGUGAAAGAGAUGAAAUCCAAAAAUAUGAAAGAGCCCUACAACUGGGACGAAUACGCCAAAAUCUACUUUCCCCAAGCCGAAAAACUCAAAUCCAUAGCUGAAGAAGCCGAGAAAAAUGGCGAGAAGGGGAAAGCAUCAGAAUACUACCUCCGCUCCAGCGCCGUUUACCGCAUCAGCCGCUUCCCCGCGCCACGCAGCGACGUCCAACGCGAAGCCUGGAAACUAGGCAAAGAAGUCUGCAUCAAAGGCCUAGGAAUGCGACCUAAUCCCGUUCACGAAGUCAUGAUCCCACACGUCCACGGCAACCAAGAGGAAGGCGACCACAUACCCGUCUACCACCUCGUCCCCGACGGCGCCUCCAAAGAGAACCCCGUACCCACUGUCAUCAUAUUCACCGGCCUCGACGGCUACCGCACCGAACUAGCCGUCUGGAUGGAAGGCUGGCGCCGCGUAGGCGUCGCCACCAUUGUCCUCGAGAUACCCGGUACUGGAGACUGUCCCGCUACAGCAUCGGACCCCACAUCCCCAGACCGUCUCUACAGCUCACUGUUUGACUGGAUAGACUCGCAGGAGCGUCUAGAUGCGAAGAAAGUUGCCAUCUGGGCCUUCAGCACAGGCGGCUACUACGCCAUCCGCGUCGCUCACACACACGCCGACCGUCUCGCAGGCGUCGUUGCACUAGGAGGAGGCUGCCACCACAUGUUUGCCCGCGAAUGGCUCGACAAUGUAAACCACCUCGAGUACCCCUUUGAUCUCGCCAACACACUCGCCUACAAAUGGGGUUACGGCAACGACGUCGAAUCUUUCAAACAAGAAGCCAUGGAUAAAUUCUCACUGCUAAACGACGGCACGCUGGAUAAACCGCUGUGUGCAAGGUUGCUCUUGGUAAAUGGGACUGAGGAUGAGAUUUUCCCAAUUGAUGAUUACUAUCUUGCGUUACAGCAUGGUGCGCCCAAGGAAGCGAGGUUCAUACCGGGCAUCAAGCAUAUGGGGGAGCCGGAAAGCUUCUUUGUUAUUAUCAAGUGGUUGUAUAGGUUGUUUGGGAUUGAGGCUGAGAUCGGCGCGCAGAUGUCGACGUUGAUGUUUAAGCCCAAGUACUAA